GGUCGUUAAAAACCAAUGCGCAUGCUCAAAUAGCCAUUUUGUUGAAAGAAGAAGAAUUUACUGACUGGGCAAGGCAUUAAAAAAUUCGCUAUUUACAAACUACAAACAUAAAAAUGGCUCUGAAAAGAAUAAAUAAGGAGCUUCAGGAUUUAGGUCGUGACCCUCCUGCUCAGUGUUCGGCAGGCCCUGUAGGAGAUGAUUUGUUUCACUGGCAAGCUACUAUAAUGGGUCCACCCGAUAGUCCCUACUCAGGAGGAGUGUUUUUCCUGACGAUUCAUUUUCCAACAGAUUAUCCCUUCAAACCACCAAAGGUUGCUUUCACAACAAGAAUAUAUCACCCAAACAUUAACAGCAAUGGCAGCAUUUGUCUGGAUAUAUUGAGAAGCCAGUGGUCUCCAGCAUUAACUAUUUCAAAAGUUCUUCUUUCAAUCUGUUCGUUGUUGACUGACCCCAACCCUGACGACCCACUUGUUCCAGAGAUAGCUAGAAUAUACAAGACAGACCGAAACAAAUACCUACAGCUUGCAAAAGAAUGGACGCAUAAGUACGCCAUGUGAUGACGGGAUGGUCCUAUGAUAGCAAACAUUUUUGUCUGUGAAAAAACUUUUCAGUACACUUAAAGUAAAAAAAACAGUGUGAAUCAUUAUUUUUUCCAUUUCCUUCAAUGAAGUUAGUCGGGGUUUGUACUAAUAAACAAGUGUGCCAUUGGGGAAUGAACACAGCGUUGAAGCAGCUGAAAUAUGUUGGGUUUUUUUUUUUUUUUUUAAUACAAUGCUGAUCACUUGUUCUCCCAACAUGUCUUAGUUUUGAUUUCUGAUUACCGAUAGUCGUAUUAUGAUUAUGUAUACUACAGAAUGAAGACAUUGUCCACAGUAGCACGACAAAAUGUACAGACCCGGGAGAAGUUUAUUACUUUGUGAAUGUUUACUAAUUGUAUUUAAUUGGCCACAUAUCUGAAAUGUCUAACAAACAGCGAGCGCUUUUUUAUUAUGAUUAUUAUUAUUACCUGUAAAUGUUUUUUUCUAUCUGUUACCAUCUGAGCUACUUACAUUAUAUAUACACAUACACACUCUGUGUCACAUGGUGGUCUAACUUGAAUUGAUCUCCUAAGCACAAAUUAUCUCCAUGGUAAUGAAUAUUUUUGAUGUAUUUUUGCACUUUGAACUCGGACAGCGUGAGGGAAAUACACACCAGCACUGCACAGUUUAAGUUGUAAAUUCAAGGUGCAUUGUGGUUGAAUUGUUGCAUCACUGGGUAGAGUUAUCUUUUAGUCAUUUUCAGGAUUAUUGCAGGUACUUUAAAACCUGAAAAAGAAACUGACAUAUACAUGACACUACUCACUUCAGUCACUGUUGGCAUUGUGUUGUAAAACGGUGGUAGUGCUAGCUCUGGCUGAGCAGAAAGUUGUCGAAUUAUUUAUUAAACUUUCAAAGACUAGAAACGCACUGAUAUUUUCCAACAAAAUACCAGCCAUUAUCUAACAUUAUUUUAGCAAAUUAAAUUAAUAUUUGCAGUUUGAGAGUUGGAGAGGUUGCCACUGGGUUGCUUGUGUAUUGGUUGAUUACCUUAAUGUUCUUGGCUAGCCAGUGAUGAAUAAAUCGGUGUGCUCUUAGUGAUGUCGUUAAACAAAGCUAACUUUAAAUUUCUUUUUGACUAGCACCUUGUGACCAGAUUGGUAGUUGGAUAUUUGAAUCUGACUAAAUUACGAAACGUAAAAGAAUCUGGUGUUGGACAAAAUAGCCAAUAGAAACAUAUUUCCGAUCAAUGUUUUGCUAUUGGCUAUUUGGAAAUAUUGGUAUGAUGGGGUUGUUAGGCACUUAACUUUUCAAUUGUUUAAUCGAUAGAAGAAAAAAAAUCAAAUCGGAUGCAAGUGCUCUCCCAAUUCCUUGAAAUAGCCUUAAGUUCACGGACAGAAAAGCUGAAUGAAUUGAGUUGCCCACGAUAUAGGCAGAUGGCAUUGGGUAUUGUGAUCUCUGUGUGUACACUUGUGGACUGCUGUCUUGACUGAUCUAGGUUUACUUCAGUGUUUGAAUCUGUCUGUCCUGCUUCAGUAUAGUGUCGAACAGAAGUAGAUUUGGAAAAAGUAAAGACUAAUGUUACACAGCUGGGAUUGAAAGCAGCAAUAGUAUCAAAGUCUGCCAUGCUUUUUUUUCUUCAGUUUAUUUUUUUUAGGGGGGUGGGCACUUGGAACGUUUUUUGUAAGGAUGCUUUGCCAGAAUGUGAUGUAGCAACAACCAUUUUGCCUCCACCGUCACGUGACACAGACCUCGGACACACGUUUAGUGCUCUCUAUACUUUAUGUAACAUAUUGAACAAAAUGUAUUUACUGAACAUGUGUACAGAGCUAGACCCUCUUCUUUUUUUUUUCUUUUUUUUUAUUAUUGUGUUCAGAAUAUGAUGUGCUUGGGAGGUAGGGUCCGAUGAAUAAUGUGAAUUGUCAUUCCGGACCUACGGUUGUCAUUCAGCUGGUGUGUAUAGUACAUAAAGUUAAAGAAACAAA